GCGCUUUUAUUCUAUUUAAGUCGCACUUUCAGUUCUGCGCAACUCUACAAAAAACUGCGCAUCCAAUGGAGAUGAUGGAUAAUUCAAUGACGCAGGUGAACCUAAACCUUCCCAGUGAUGAAACGAUAUCCCCUCAAAUGGAUCUGGAUGCCGCUCUGAAGGAAUGCGCCUCCGCCCUCGACCUCUUUCUGAACAACAGGUUUGCUGAUGCACUGGCUGUUUUGAAACCCUGGAAGCACCAGAGCAUGUACCACGCCAUGGGCUACAGCAGCAUCUUGGUGAUGCAGGCAGGCAUGACCUUUGACCCAACCGACAUGGAUGCUGCCAUGACGUCACUGAGAGAAUCCCUGCAGACGUGUCAAGGAUUUCGGAAAAAAACGGGAAUCAUGGAGACUCUGACCAGCAUGUGGUACAGACAACCAGCUGACAGUAUGACAGAGGAGCAGGUGCAUGCGGAGCUGUGCUAUGCUGAGGUUCUGCUCCAGAAGGCAGCGCUCACGUUCCUGGAUGAGAGUAUCAUCGGCUUCAUCAAGGGCGGAAUGAGAAUACGUAACAGUUAUCAGAUUUACAAGGAAUGCCAGGCCAUGGCCACUGUCGCAAAAGAACUGGAAAAACAGAAGAGUACACACGUUCAUUUUCGAGGAGGCGUCAACAUGGGCAUUGGAUCCUUUAACCUGAUGCUGUCUCUGCUUCCAGCCAGAGUCCUCAGGCUGAUGGAGUAUCUGGGCUUCUCAGGAGACAGGGAGCUGGGCUUGUCAGAGUUGAGAGAAGGAGCAGCCAGCAAUAGCCUGCGCUCCAUCCUCAGCACCCUGACCCUGCUGAUGUUUCAUCUCUACAUCACAGUCAUACUCGGUACUGGUGAAGGAGACCUGACCGAGUCUGAAGCUUUGCUUGAACCCUACAUUAAAAAGUUCCCUAAUGGGGCGCUCAUUCUUUUCUACAUUGCAAGAAUUGCAUUGCUCAAAGGAAACUUCACCUUUGCCCAGGAGAAGUUCCUGGCGUGUAUCGCAGCACAGCAGGAGUGGCAUCAGAUUCACCACCUCUGCUACUGGGAGCUGAUGUGGGCCUACUCCUUUGAACAGAACUGGAAGGAGGCGUAUCGAUACGCUGACCUCCUCUGCAAGGAGAGCAAGUGGUCCCAGGCUACGUAUGUGUACCAGAAGGCUGCCAUCUUGAGCAUGCUCCCAGAGGAAGAAGUGACCAAACUGGGAGAAAACGUGGCGGACUUAUUCAGGCAGGUGGAGGGUCUCAGAGUUAGGAUCGCUGGGAAAUCGAUUCCAACAGAGAAGUUUGCAGCCAAGAAGGCCCAGCGAUACUCUUCCUCCAGCCCUGUGAAACUGGUCGUCCCUGCGUUGGAAAUGAUGUACGUGUGGAACGGCUUCACAAUAGUUGGAAAAAGGCCUGAGCAGACUGAAGGCAUCUUGAACACCUUGCAAAGAGCAGAGCAGCAGCUCAGAGAUGAUCCAAACCCAUCGGAGUAUCACGUAGACGACCAGUGCGUCGUCCAGCUGCUGAAGGGCUUGUGUCUGAGAGAGUUGGGUCGUCUGGUCCAGGCUGAGAAGUGCUUCAACCACGUCAUCUCCAGUGAAACUGAGAUCAAGCAUGAGAACUAUCUGGUGCCGUUCAGCAUGUACGAGCUGGGCCUGGUGCACAAGCAGAAAGGCGACAUCAAGAAGGCCAUCACGGUGAUCGAAAAUGUCAAGCUGAACUACAAAGACUACAACAUGGAGUCCAGGCUUCAUUUCCGCAUCCAUGCGGCGCUCAACACAAUGGGCUCCUUUUCGGCCAAACUCCCCCCUUCACGUACUCCUGCAUAAAGACCCCAGGAAAGUCUUCACGAAAAGAAGGUGGUAAAGCCUGAGACUCUUGCUCUCUCAACUCUCUGUGCCUCCCUAAGCUGUGUUGUGACUGAACUUGACCUCCUCCAGAUGGGGCCUCGACGCAGCCAUCACAGAGCGAUGUCUAAAAAGUACAUAGAAGUAGAAGCAGCCUCAGAUGUUGAUCUACUGAACUUCCCUAAAGUGUCUUUGUUUCCAUUGAAUCGCACUUCAACAAUUUGAUAUUCAGUUUGAUGCUAUUUUACUUGUCUUAGUUGUUUUUACAUUAUAUCAACGCUUGCUUGCGAUUAUGAUGAUGAUGCUAUUUUUAUAAAUGUGCAUGUCCCAGUACAGUUUAGCCAAGUUAAA